AGGGAUAGUAUUCAUUUUUGCAUGUCUAGGGUUUUAAAGUUGAAUUAAUAUAAUAAUAAUAAUUAUGGGAUUAUCAUCUUGUUCUCUUGGGUAUUUGCUUCUACUUGUGUUGUUUGUUGAUUGUGUUGUGUUUGCUGAUGUUAAUGGAGUUGGAGAUGAGAAGCUCCUCUUUGGACAUAGACGUCCCAAGUUUGGAAAGGGUUUUGGUGGUGGUAUAGGUGGUGGUGCUGGAGGUGGAGGGGGAUUAGGAGGAGGUGGUGGUCUAGGUGGUGGAGGUGGUCUAGGUAAAGGAGGAGGACUUGGUGGUGGCGCAGGUGGUGGGGGUGGAUUAGGAGGAGGUGGUGGACUAGGUCAUGGUGGAGGUCUAGGAGGUGGUGCCGGUGGUGGUUUAGGUCAUGGUGGAGGUUUAGGAGGUGGUGGUGGAGCUGGAGGAGGGCUAGGUGGAGGUGGUGGACUUGGUGGUGGUGGUGGAGCUGGUGGUGGAGUAGGUGGUGGUGCUGGAGGAGGACUUGGUGGAGGUGGUGGAUUAGGUGGUGGUGGUGGAGCUGGUGGAGGAGGAGGAAUAGGUGGAGGUGGUGGUGCUGGAGGUGGUUUUGGUGCAGGUGGAGGAGCUGGAGGUGGUAUAGGUGGAGGUGGAGGCGGAGGAUUUGGUGGUGGUGGAGGUGGUGGCAUUGGUGGUGGUGGAGGUGCCGGAGGAGGCUUUGGUGGUGGUGCAGGUGGAGGCGUAGGAGGAGGUAUAGGAGGUGGAGGUGGCGGCGGAUUUGGUGGUGGAGGAGGCAUUGGUGGUGGUCAUUAAUUGAUCAAUAUUUAGUUCUUCUAAUGUCUUGCAUGAACUAUGAAAAUGACAAGGUGUUAUUUAUAUGUACUUGUGUAGUUCUAUUUUUUUGUGAGAGUACUUUGGUAAAAGUAUUUAAACAAGAGUUAUAUCAUUUAUCCAUAAUAUCAAAGUCAAUUUGUUCUUUAAAGCUUCUUUACAUGUUACAUGUAAUUAAAGCUUGGGAACUAUUGUAUUAUCCAACCAUAUUAUUAAUAAAAGAUGUAGUUUUCCAAGUGUGUUAAAUUAAA